UAUAUAUUAUUAUGUUUUAAGAUAAAUACGGAAAAACUGUGAGUGAGUUUAAUUAGAAGUACAAUAUAGUAGCUAAUGCUUCUCAAUUUAAAUUUGAAGAGGGAUUGCUAAAUUAUAAGUACAACUCACUUAUGAGUUAAUUUUAAGAUUGCUUAUUAUAAGAUGUAAUCACAUAAUUAUAGCAUUUAAAUAGAUUCGAGCAGCAAUUCUAACAGCAUAGAGAGGUUACUUGUCAAGGAAAGUGUUGAAACAUUACUUCAAAGAGCUACCAUAAUAAAUGCGAGCAGAAUACUUUGGCUCAUUGUUGACAUUGUAUAAAGUAGUUGAAAUCCGAAAAUAUAGGAAUCACUUCGAUAGCAAUAAUAGAAUUUGUUCUAUUUCAGUGGCAUGGGCAGUGGCAUGAAAGUGGAGAAAGUUACUUGGCCAUUCGUUGAAGGAUUUGGAUUUUGCAUUUGGAUUCAAGUGGAGAAUAUCGAUUAUGAAUAAUUCAAUGAAUAGAACAUGGGAGUUCAAAAAAUAAUAAGUGUUCAUGGAUAAGGAUAAUAAGGUGGAGGUGGAUUAGAAUGUUACAUAUUGAGAGGCAGUGUCUAUUAUAGAAUAAUUCCAGCAAUAUACUAGGAACCAGAUAAUGGAGCAAUUUUAAUAGGUCAAUUAAAGAAUGGAAUGAAUUUCAUAGGUAUAUCACAUGAAUGCCAAAAGAAAUUCACAUCUUCACAUUUAACUGUAAUUAUAAUUAUGUAUUUAAGUUAUAUUUUAACAAUGAGUAAUCUAAGACAAUGACUUUAGAUUUUCCUCGUUUUAAUUCAAAUAUAGCUUUAACAAGGUUUACAAUAUGUGAGAAUCUAUUUGGUACAGCGUAAUGUGUAAUAAUAAUGAAUUAAUCAUCCACAAAGUAUAUGAAUAAAUUAUAUGUUAUAUAGAAUAAAAACUAUUCAAUCAGUUUAUGGAUAAUUGCAGAUGGAUUUUAAAUAAUUAAAAACAUUGCCAGCAUGUUUAGAUAAAUACUUUGAGAGAAUUAUGUCUAUUUACAUUCCUGAAUUUACAGAUGGUAAUCAUAUAAUAGAUGUUAUGGGUAAUUGUAAUGCUACAUUAUAAAUUAAAUCUGGAGCAGUUAUAACAGAUAAGAAUAAAUUCCAUUUUUCUGGAGGAUUCAAUUUAUUUUAUGUUAUGUUACAUUUAAGUGGAACUCUAUAUAAAUAAAUCAAUCAAGCAUAACUUAAUCUAUCUACUAUGUUCGAAGUUAUCAAUUAUAUCUUAAAAAAUAAUCAUUAAUUAUAAGCAGAAGCAUUCAAUAAUUCAUUCUUUGUAACUGUUGCUUCCAUUAUUAUGAGUUUUGAAAAACCAUUAAUUAAUACAAAAUGUAUUGAAUUAUUGAAUGAAACUAAAACUAUUAUUGCAGAUAAUCGAUUAUUGGAUCAUUUUUUUAUUCAUAUCUUAUGGAAUCCAAAAUUGCAUUAACAAUCUAUUAGUGAUCAAGUUUUCUCCAAAUAUCUAUAACUCGCGUGUUAAGUCUAUUUAUAAAAUCCAUAACACUAUCAAAAUUUUAUUUCAUCUAAAGAUAUUUUAGAUAUGUUAAUAUUCGCAUACACUGAAAAUUAAUGUUGUGAUUUACAUUUUAAUGAUUCAGAAGAGUCUUUUUAGAUACAAUUUUUAGAAAAAAUAUUUUAUUUAUUCAAUCAACAAAUAGAUAUUUCUGAACAUUUAAUACUUUUUGAUUAAUAUCUUAUGUCCAAAAUUUCACCUUGUCUGUUAUUACAGAUUCUUACCAUUUUAAAAGUAAAAAUAAUUUAUUUUAGUUUUAGAGUUUAUUAGUUGAUAAUGAAGAUUAAGGAAUUAAAACAAAUUAUAUACUUUAAACUUGGGAUCAAAAUAAUAUAAUAGAUUCAUUACUAUUCAUUUUUAAAUCAACUCCAUACUACGAUAUUAGAGCUCUGAUCAUUUAUUUUCUGCAUCUCAUAUUUCAAUAAUAAUUCCCUAAUUAUAAACUCUAAACCCAUUAAGCUAUUGAAUACAUAACUAAUUCUAUUGAACCAUUAGCUGAAUUAAGUCGCAGUUCAAUUAUUCAUGCUCAACCUAUUAAAAAAGAAUAACCUCAAUAAUAAUAAGAAGAAUUUGAUGAACUCAAAAAUCUUGGAACUCAAUUCCUUAACAAUGAUUAUGAAAGUGUUCCUUAAGCUCCAUCUAUGACUAAUCGUCGUAAACCACCUUAAGGAUUCUUCGAUAAUAAAUAAAGACCUCCUCCUAGAGCUUAAUCUAUACCUCCUCCUGAAACUGAAACUGAAAAAUCGAAAUCACCUUCCUUCUCUCUUGAUUUAAAGGGAAAAAAGAAAUUUCAUAUUAAAAUUGACACCGAUGCUAUUAAUGCUCUUUAUAAUUUUGGAGGAGAAUAGGGAAAAAAAAAUGCAUUGUAUUUAUUCAAUAUUCAAUUAGUGACCAUGAAGCAUUCAAUAAAGAAUUGGCAGAAAUUAAUAAAAUAGCAAAAGCAUGUCAUAUGUACAUGUAAGGUUAUAGAGAAUCUGAAGAACCAUAUAUUGAAUCACCAAAAUAAUAAUAAUAAUAAUAAUAAUAAUAAUAAUAAUAAUAAUAAUAAUAAUAAUAAUAAUAAUAAUAAUAAUAAUAAUAAUAAUAAUAAUAAUAAUAAUAAUAAUAAUAAUAAUAAUAAUAAUAAUAAUAUGUUACUAAAUAACCUUUGAUGUCAACAAAAAAUAGCUAAGCAUAAAAAUAAUAGUUUUAAUAAGAAUGUAUUAUUAUAUAAUAAAUUAUAGUAACUUAAAUUAAAGAAGUUUCAUCAUCUUCUUUGUCUGUUUAAUAGAUUGAAUAAGUUCAAAAAAAAAAAAUUCAAUCAUUUUCUUCAAUUUAUAAUUAACUUAUGGGUUGGAUGAUUGAUAAGAUUAAAAUUGGAGUAAAUGAAUCUUUAAUGAUUGAAGAAAGAGAUCAAAUAAAAAACGAAGGAAUUAUUAAUGCUAUAAUGAAGAUUGUUUCUUUUUCAAUAGAAGAUAAUCUAAAAGCUUAAAUUUUAUAAGAUUUGUUAUGCCUUUGUAAAUCUCAUUAAGGCAAUUCUAUAUUGAUUUUAGGUUAGGCAGCAUUUUAAAAUGAACUACUUAAAGUAUUAACAGCAUAAGAAGAACAAAAUUUAGUAAAUAAUUAUUGUAAUUUAGAUAUAUGAAAUUGGAUGCCGAUUGCAUUCCACACUUAUUGUUUAAGUAUUGAAAUCUGAAUUCAUAGGUGCAAAUUAUGUUUAUGAGUUAUUAAAAUGGGGUGUUGAUUGUAAUAUGAAAUUUGUCGAAUUAUAGAUGAAUGUCAUUAUUGACUAGAUUUAGUAUAUAAUUUAUAAAUUUAUUAUAAUAGUGAACAAUGCAAGAAUGUUUCGACUGAUUCUUAAUUAUGGAAAAAUAUAAUUCAGAUGGCAUUAUAUUUGAUAGAACUUAAGUAGCAUUAUCCAUAAUUGAUACAGAAAUAUAAUAAGUUCAUUGAAUUUAUUAAUAAAGAUUAUUUGAUUAUUGGAAAUAUAGAAGGUAUUUUUAUUGUUAAAAAAUUUAAGAAUAAAUUGCUUAGAUAACAAAAUGUUUUAAUCAUUUUGACUUGGCAUAAAAAGUUUAAGCUUUUUUUAAUACCAAGAUCUAAAAUCAUUAAAUAUAUGAAAUAAUAAUGGAAUGUAGUGAUCAGAAGAAUUUAUAUUAAUUACUUAUAACAUAUGCUAUAACAUUGGAGAUUUGUUAAUUUGAGAUUACAUAUAGUUUGACUCAUAUUUUAUCUAAAUUAAGUAAAUAGGAGAAUUUCAGAGAAAUAAUAAAAUUUAUAUGUUUAAUUAUAUAUGUUUCAAAGGAAAAGAAUCAGUAAUCUUCAUUAAAAAAAUUAAUGAUAGAAUUAUGUUAAGAUUUUGAAACAUUAUUAGAGAGUUUAUUGGCUAAAUCUUUUGAAGAUGAUUCAAUAUUAGAUUAAUUGAUUGAUUAGAUUUGUAUCAACAAUGUUUUGAAAUAGGAAAUAAAAAUUAAAGCAAAUAUACCAUAAUAAUGGUCGAUGGAAUCGAUAGUUUCUCCUUAGAAAAUCACAAGAGAUGUUUAAUAGAUAGGAGAAAAUAAAUAUAUAGAAAUAGAGGAACGAAAAGUAAAAUGGAUUUAUAAGGAAAGUGAGAAGGAAAGAAUUGGUAGAAACAAAUAUCAUAAAUCAUUAAAUUGUUUAUUUUUGAUUGAUGGAUGGCUUUGUUAAGGUUAAGGAUGUAUUUAAAGAAAUGAUUUAGUUUAAGAUAUAGGAUAAGAGGAAUUUGUAUAGAGUAAAUAUUUUAGUAUAAAAAUAUCAAAAAUGAUUACGAAAUGUUUUGUAAGACCAUAUAUAAAAAGUGUUCCUAUAAUUCCUGAUGUUUUGAGAAAUAAAGCAGUUUAUUAGACACCAUAGACUGCUCCUAUAAUAUUGGGUAAUGAAAUUGAUAAAUUUGAAUAACUUUAUGGUUAGAGACCAUCAACAAAUUCUUAAGCAGUUUAAGCAGCUACUCAAUUAUUGAAUAUGGGUAAAGCUAUUGGGAAUAAUAUAAAGAAUGCCGUUAAGACAAUUGCUAAUUAAAAGAAUUAAAUAGUGGAUAAUAUUAAAUCAUUUGGAGAGGAUACAUUUAAAGGGAAGAGAAUUCUUGUUAUAAAUGGUCUUUAUGUUUAUUAUGCAUUUUUAAGUUUAACAAAUAAUCAUAUUUUAUUAUAAUAUGAAUAUUUAAAAAGUGAAGGAUCUCAUGCUGCUUUAGGAGUAUUUGAAUUAAAAGAUGAUUAGAAAUUAGUUAAGAGAUUUCCAAUUUAUAAUUUAGUUUUAGUGAUAAAGAAGAAAUAUUUAUAAAAGAAGACAGCUCUAGAGAUAUUUUUCAUAGAUGGGUAAUGAUGUUAAUUCAUGUAUAGGAAAUCAUUGUUUAUUAGUGUUUGUGAUUAAAAUGAUUUAGAUGAAAUUUCAUCUAAAUUACUUAUACAUAGAAAAACUAAUUAGGCUCCAUAUUUUAAUUAGAGUAAAACUACAGAUCCAACAAAAUUAUUGGAAAAGUAGGGAUAUUUAAAUAAAUGGAAUAAGUAUAGAAUAAUUAAUUAUUAGAUAAUAAAUGAGUAAUUUUAAAUACUUAUUAUUACUAAAUAAUUUGGCAUCUAGAAGUUAUAAUGAUUUAACUUAAUAUCCAAUAUUUCCAUGGGUGAUUUGUGAGAAUAAGGAUUAAUAAAUAGAAUAAGAAUCUAAUUUAUAGAUAUAUCCUCAAGGACAUUUUAGAGCAAUGUAGAAAACUAUGGGAGCAUUAGGUAAUAAUUAAAGAAUAAAGAGUUAUAUUGAAAGAUUUGAAUAAUCUGAAUAAGGUGGUGAGAUACCAGCAUUUCAUUAUGGAUCUCAUUAUUCAUCAUUAGCUAUUACUUCUUAGUUUCUUAUUAGAUUAGAACCAUUUACAUCUAUAGCAAAAGAGAUUUAAGGAAAUAAAUUUGAUAUUCCUGAUCGUUUAUUUUAUUCUCUUGUUGAAAGUUUUCGUUGUGCAACAGAAGAUAUUGCUGAUAUAAGAGAAUUAAUUCCAGAAAUGUUUUGUUUACCUGAAAUGUUUCUUAAUUUAUAGAAUUUAUAAUUUGGUAAAACAUAAAAUGGAAUUCUUGUUAAUAAUGUAUAAUUACCUAAAUGGGCAAAUAAUAAUCCAUGGAAAUUUGUUACUGGUUAAAGAAAUGCACUUGAAAGUGAAGAAAUAUAAAAAAAUAUUCCAGAAUGGAUUGAUUUAAUUUUUGGAUAUAAAUAAAGAGGAAAAGAAGCAGAAAAAAAUUUAAAUAUAUACUUUUAUGUUACAUAUGAUUCAUAACUUACUUUAUAAAAAAUGGAAGAAAAUAGAAUCAGUAUUGAAACUUAAGUUGUAAACUUUGGUAUCACACCUUUAUAAUUAUUUUUAAAACCUCAUAUUGGAAGAUAGUUUGAUUAAAAUCAUAAUUUUGUUUCAAAUUCUUAAGAAUUAAAAGUUUAUAGACCAUAAAAUAAAAAGAAAGUACCUAAUACAAUGAAAGCAAUAAUUGAUUUUUAAUAAGCAAGCAAUAGAGCAAUUGUUAAAAUUUAAUGGAUAUCAGAUGUUAGAUUAUUAUGUUUAAGAAAAGAAGGUAAAAUUGAUUAUCUUAAAUGGACAAGUUAAACUGAUGUUCAACCCAAUUAACCUCCAUUUUUAUGUGGAUUAGAAAGAGAAAAAUAAUUCAAUUUUGAAAAACCUUAAACUGAACUUUUCAAUAUUUGGGAUAUCUCAGCAUAAUUAUCAUCUUAUCCUUUAAUAGUAUUUAAUUAGGGUAAAUUAUUUGUUUGUGGAGGCUACCAUCUUGGAAAAUUAAUUAUUAUAGGUGAGAAUAAUCACAUUAUUGAUAUAUAUUAAAUACAUAAUAGUACUAUUACUGCAUUAGCUUCUGAUAAAUAAGAAUCUAUUAUUAUAUCUGGAGAUAAAAAUGGAUAGGUUAUACUUUGGAAUGUUGAUAAAUAAAAAGAUAUCUAUAAAUUACAUCCUAAAUCCAUGUAUUUUGAUCAUUCAAAUUAAGUAAAUCUUAUUACUAAAUUAUUUAGAUUAAUUGUAUCUAUGUCUCUACUAGUAUGAAACUAUUUGCUACUGGUUGUGCUAGUGGUUAUAUAUAUUUAUAUAAUCUAUACAAUGGUCAAUUUAUGAGGUCAUUUGUUCAUCCUAAUAACAAUCCUAUUAAUUCCAUUGUUAUGAGUAAUAGACCACUCUUUUCCAUUGUAUUCUAUUCAGCAUAUGAUCAUUAACUAUAUAGUUAUUCUAUCAAUGGAUUCUUAUUAGAAGUUCAAAAAGAAUAAAGUUCAUCUUUAAUUGAUUGUCAAAUUAUUAGAAAUAACCUCUUCUAAGAUAUUAUGGUAAUUUUUUAGUUAUCUAACUUUUUAUUAGAUAUAUGGUACUGAAAACGGGGAAUUAGUCAGAAGAUCUUUACCUUAUUUAUAAUAACUUAAAAGAUUUCAAAUUUCAGCUAAAUCACCUGUUUUAUCAAUAACUUGCUCAAAAGAUAAGAAGUUUUUCAUUUGUGGAUGCAAUGACGGUGAAAUUUCAGUAAUGGCAGAACCUCAAUAAAAUAAAUGA